GAAUAUGGCGGAUUGAGUGAGCCUGUAACAGAGCAUAACUUUACAGCAACAUUUGUGCUCACUUGAGCCAUACUAUGAUCGCUAGCGCAUUGUGUCAUUUGCGAAUAUUUUUCAUGAGAUUCCAUGGACGUCGUAGAUUUAUUUCUUCAUCGUGUAUUCUCUUUCCCGGGCAAGGAGCUCAAUAUGUCGGAAUGUGCCAGCGCUUGGUAACAGAGAGUACGGUGUCGCAGCUUUUUGAGGUUGCUGAGAAAAGUUUGGGGUAUGACUUAUUGAACAUAUGUUUGCACGGUCCUGAGGAAGACUUGAAUAAGACAGUGCACUGCCAGCCUGCAAUUGUGGUGGCUUCUCUAGCUGCUUUACAGCAUGCGAAGGUCACAGGCGCAAAGGUUUGCCUUAAUGGAUCAGAUGAACCUAAUUCUAACGUGGUCACUGCUGGAUUUAGUGUUGGUGAGGUAUCUGCCUUGAUAUUCUCUGGAGCACUUUCCUUUGAAGAUGGCCUAAAAGUAGUCCAAGUGCGUGCUCAAGCCAUGCAGGAAGCUUCUGAUAAACACCCCAGUGGUUUGGUGUCCAUUUUGGCACCAGCAAACCUGGAUCUUCAUCUUCUUUGUGAUCAUGCAAAAGAGUGGUCUCGCAAAAGUGGCACAGAGGAACCAGUGGCUUGUGUGGCAAAUUAUCUUUUCCCUGGUGGCUGGGUAAUAGGAGGUGACAAGUCAUCUGUGAAGUAUAUUCUGGAAUUUGGAAAGGCUAAGCAUGGCAUCAAAAGAGCUCAGCUCAUUCCUGUAAGUGGUGCAUUUCAUACCAUACUGAUGAAGCCUGCCCAGGAACCUCUAAGGCAUGUGUUGGAUUCUAUCACUGUUCAAAUGCCCAGAUGCACAGUGUAUUCGGGAACAAGCUGUGGACCCUUUACUGAUGUGGAGCAGAUAAAAAGUUUACUUGUACAGCAACUCGUGGAGCCAGUUCACUGGAUGAAAACAAUCCAAAAUGUUAUCAAACAAAGGACAAACCCAGAAAAAAUAUUUGAAGUAGGCCCAGGAAAACAGUUAAAGGCUAUGAUUUCUCGUAUUGACAGAACACUGUUGGAUAAUUUUACCAACCUGGAGACAUAAACCAUAACACAAGUGACAAAAGGAUGUUUUGAAAUUCAGGAAAUUUAUUGUGCAAGUCUGGCCUUGAAUGAUCUUGACAGUGAAAACAUUGCACUUGGAUCCCUUUGUGACAUAACAAGAAUGGAACCUCUACCCGAGUUUGUACUUAACUGGAUAAAAGACACUACGGGCAUCCCUCCUUCAAAUAUUGGUUGAAACUACCAAGGAUUAAAAGACUAAAUAAUGAUGGCAAACGUUUCAGAUAUUUCUAAUGGUGACAGAAAUUUUAUUUAAAGUGCAACAUUCAAACAUGGCUUUAAGUGUUGCAUGAAAAUUUUGCAUGGUUAAUUUUCUGGGGAUUUUGCAGAUGGUCCUCAAUAAAUUCAAACUAAGGGAAAACUGCAACAGCAGCAAAAUAGACUGCAGGAAAAAUUCACCGCAUCCAGUGAAAUGAAAUAACUCUGUAUACAAAUCAAGUUUCAAUUCUUACUCUGUAUGUUUGCACUUUGCAAAAUAUCCAUCUCCAAAUUAUCAAUGUAUUUAGUAGAAAAUCUGAGUGAGUUACAUUGUUUCCUUGCAAAUGUUCAGCUUCUUGCAUUGAAAUUGCAAAAAUUAGCUCCAAGAAGAAACUUUAGCUAUCUUGAAUUGGGAACAUAUGUCCCUGUACAAAGUUCUUGAUACACUAAAUACAGAUCAAGGGAACAUACCUGAUAUAAAAUACAACAAACAAACAAUGGAGUGUGAGUCAAAGAAAAAAUUAUUAAAACUUCCUAUUCCAUAUAAUUUGCAAUUAGAGCUUUGGCUGAAAUGAGACCCAUUUGGUUUGUAAUUUAAGCAUGAAAACAGGUUACACAGCGAUUGUGUAAGAUUUAUCCCUAGGCUUGUUAACCUUACCAAUUCAUUUUAUCUUUUAAUCACCAGUGCAGGUGACGAACAAUGUCUUUAAAACCUUGGUGUGCAGACUGAACUUAAAGUUUCUGUACAAGCAUCUAGACAUAAAUGUCUUGAUACUGAACCUAGUGAUGUAACUGACAUAUCACAGUGUAAGACACAUACUCAGAGGGUUCCAUCAAGCAAAUGUAAUUAUGGGAGAAUAGACUGAAGUAAAAGUACAUUCUUUUUCUGUCUUAUCUGAAUUUAAAAAUAGCUCUGGGGAUAAAAUAAUUAAGCUGUAAAAUUCCUCUGUUUCUAGAUGUUUUUUUAAUUACAUUAAAUUUAAUUUAAUUGCACAGACCAGGAAAUCUUGGCUGAUUAUGUCAAGUUGGCUUACUCUUAAAACUUCCUAGUAAAUACAAUAAAAGUUCUCUGUGGUU